AUGACGAGCCUAAAAGACAUAUCACACAACAUUAUUUCUACCAUUAAUUCUUCGAGUGCUGAUGUUCAACCUACUAUCGAUCUUAUUGAUAAUUUUAUAACGACACAGGAAUUCCAUACGGAUCGUGAGAGACUUGAUAAAAUUAACAAAUUUUCCUCAGAAUUACUUUCCAUAUAUAAUUCUAUUCAAGAUUAUCCACAAAAGUUUCACAUAUUUCUAAAAUGUUUGCGAGCUUUAUUGCCUAUCUUGGGACCUGACGUAGUUAUUUCCGAUUGGUGUGAUAGGAUAUUACUUCCGAUUCUUAAGUCUUCACUUCAGCCAAAGGAUAUUGUUGAAGAAGUCAAAGCAAUAAUUCGUGAAGUUCUAGUAUGUGAAACGGAUCGAGUGAUGAUAUUUAGGAAGGAAAUCCUUGAACUUUAUUUAAACGAAUCAAGUAUGAUUGGAAAGGCUGCUGGUGAAGGUUAUGGAGUUGUGGGUGAACAAGUACAUGCAUUCUGGUGCCGUAAUUUGGAAAAUGUACUUAGGGGAUUUGGUAGCGUGAAGACGAAGGAUUUCUUUAUACUUUUGGAUUCAUAUUUUGCUCAGAAACAAUAUCGGUUACAGGUAUUAAAUCUACUUGGAGAAUUUAUUCAACGACAGAGGUUAAACAUUCAUCAGAUUCUGGAGACACCACUUUUUGAUUCAUUACUUAUAUCGCUGCAGAGGGAUACUUCUACAACUUUGAUUUCUUUAUCAUUGACGACACUUGUUAUGCUCUUGCCUCAUAUAUGUACAUCUGUUAUCACUUAUCUUCCACGUCUUUACAUCGUCUUUAUCAGGAUUUUAUGUUGGGAUAAACAUGACUCUCGAUGUACAAAUUUUGAUGGCGAAUUGAUCGGAAAUGAUUUAAAUAUUACCGAAGGGUGUGAUGUACAAAAAACUGAUGCUGAGUCUGACUGGGAAAGAUGUGGCAAGUUUCUUGUUGUUGUUGAUGCAGGAUAG